UUGCUCACACCAACCAGCUCACAGCCAAAGAGCUCCUCUGUCCCUCUCACACUGAUCGCGCUUUAAACCAGGACUUCCCCCUGAAAAAAAAAAAAACAUUACUCCAAAGGAAGUUAUUGCUCAAGCCUAAAGGCAACUUCUAAGUCUCGAACCAAAGAGGAGGUGUGACACAGAGGAAGAAGUGAAUCAGCACCACCACUAAGGUGUUCCCAUCACAGUGUAGUGGAGUUCAAGAUCCAGCAGAUCUGAAGAUUUCAACAGCAGCUAUGACUCAGAGCAAUGGGGAGAACCCACAGAGGACCCGGAGUGGUCUCCACCAGAUCCGGGCAGGGAUCCAGUCCCGAUCACUGCUGGCUAAGAAGAAAGUGGAGAACAUCACAAAGGAUGAUGUGAAAGGAUUCUUCAUUAGAAAUGCCUUUGUGAUCUUAACCGUUGCAGCCGUCAUUAUUGGUAUAAUCCUGGGAUUUGCUCUGCGGCCUUAUAACAUGUCUUACCGCGAAGUGAAGUUCUUCUCUUUUCCUGGAGAAUUGCUGAUGAGAAUGCUUCAGAUGCUGGUUCUGCCCCUGCUGGUUUCCAGUCUCAUCACAGGUAUGGCUGCUCUGGACAGCCGUGCUUCUGGUAAAAUGGGUAUGAGGGCAGUGGUCUACUACACUACCACCACCAUCAUCGCUGUGAUCAUCGGUAUCAUCAUGGUGCUCAUUAUUCACCCUGGAAAAGGAUCAAAGGAUGAGUUCACCAAGCGGCAGCAGAUAGAGCAGGUCAGCCCUGCUGAUGCCUUUCUGGACCUCAUCAGAAACAUGUUUCCUCCUAACCUUGUGGAAGCGUGCACCAAACAGUUCAAGACACAAUAUGCCAAGAGAGUAGUCCAUGUGAAGAUGACAGUGAAUGAUACAAUAUUCACACUCAAUGGUAGUCAGGAGAUAACCCGGGAGGAGAUGAUCCCAGUGCCGGGGUCAGUUAAUGGAAUCAAUGCUCUCGGCCUGGUGGUGUUUUCCAUGUGCUUCGGUCUGAUCAUUGGCAGCAUGAGAGAGCAGGGACAGCCCUUGAAAGACUUCUUUGAUUGUCUUAAUGAAGCCAUCAUGAGGCUGGUUGCCAUAAUUAUGUGGUAUGCCCCUAUUGGUAUCUUGUUCCUAAUUGCCGGUAAGAUCGUGGAGAUGGAGGACAUUACAGCCAUGGGUGGCCAGCUGGGGAUGUACACAGUGACAGUCAUUUGUGGGCUGCUCAUCCACGCCAUCUUUGUCCUGCCAACGCUCUACUUUGUCAUCACCAGGAAGAACCCCUUUGUUUUCAUCGCAGGGCUAUUGCAGGCACUCAUCACUGCCCUGGGAACAUCCUCCAGCUCUGCUACUUUGCCCAUCACUUUUAAAUGCCUGGAGGAAAACAACAAAGUGGACAAGCGUGUGACCCGUUUCGUGCUCCCUGUUGGCGCCACAAUAAACAUGGAUGGCACAGCUCUAUAUGAAGCCCUGGCAGCCAUCUUCAUUGCUCAGGUCAAUGAUUAUGACCUUAACUUCGGACAGAUUCUCACCAUCAGUAUCACAGCCACAGCAGCCAGUAUUGGAGCAGCUGGAAUCCCACAGGCAGGACUGGUUACCAUGGUGAUAGUGCUAACAUCUGUAGGCCUGCCCACUGAUGACAUCACGCUCAUUAUUGCUGUUGAUUGGUUCCUGGAUCGUCUGCGCACCACCACCAAUGUCCUUGGAGACUCUAUUGGUGCAGGUAUAGUGGAACACCUGUCUCGCCACGAAUUGCAAAACAAGGACCCCGAGGUGGGCAACUCAGUGGUUGAGGAGGCAGACAAGAAGCCAUACCAGCUCAUCUGCCAGGAGAAUGAAUAUGAGAAUGAGAGGCCUGCUGACAGUGAGACCAAGAUGUAGGGGAAAGCUUUGUGUCUGAGGUUGCGUAUUUUCUUGGGAAAACCAUUGCACAGCAUUGAACCACAUUCUCAACUAAACUCCUCUUGAUUUGCAAACCCUCCUCUCUCACAUGAUUGAAGGGUUCAAAUUAAAUUGAUAUACAGCUAGGAUAUAUUUCAGCCAAGUGAUUUCCACUAAUGUGAGAGGUCUGUUGUGGGCUUUCUUGACACACUGUAGACUUGAAAUGGUUCCCAGUUUGCAUUGUUUUUCUGAGAGUUUGUGCUAUAAUGCUUCCUAAGAGUACUAUAUGGAACUGCCAUAGGGUGGCAGCUGUUUACUAUUAAAGAUAAACUACUAUAGAGCCUGGUGGUCUGUGGCCCGCGUGCCAUAUCCAACUUCUCUUAGAACUGUGAUGACUAAUCUUACCCACUAGAGGCCAGUAUUGCCAUGAGUCUCAACACCUCAGCAGAUUACAACCCAUCCUUGUACAGACUUUUUCUGGCUUCAUAGUUGUUGCUUUUCUUUCAUUUGUGUGUGGUGAAAAAUGAAGUGGUAGCAAAAAUCUGUCUGAAGACCAGAGUGAAAAGUGUUGGAUAUCAUGCACAAAAAGGGCUGUGUAUUUACAAACCUCUAUAUAGACUUUAGUGGCUUUAUUUUCCAUAAUCUGGUGUACAGACUUCAUCUGGAUGGAUGAUGUCUUUUACCUUGAGGCACACACACAUACUUUUGUCCCCAGACUGUCCAAACUAGUAAGUGCUUUCAUUAAGCAAAGUUGUUAAGAGUGCCUUGGCUUGGCAACUAUCCAGCCAUGUUUUUUGUUACACAUAUAGCUCAAACUAAUCGCUACAAUCAUUAAGACUGAUGUACCAAAAUCACUCAGCCAUGCUUAUACCUGCAAAUUUGCUCAGCUGAGAAUUUGAACCAUCAUCAAAUCAGAAGUUUAAGCCAUUACAUUUCAACCAAAAAGAAGCACCAAAAAUAUUAUCCAAAUUUCCGUUCAAUUUAAUUGAAUUAUACCCUCCCACAGCCAAACAAAUCACUAACCUGCAGAAUAAUAUUGUACCGUUUCAAUAGGAAGAUAGUAUUUCUGAUCAAUCUAAUGAUGAUUGUGAGUCAGUUCUUUACCUAGGCCCUCUUACAUGCCAAUGGAACUAAAAUUAAUUUUGUUGAAACAUUCACAUCAGUAUGAAAUAUCUGUUUUACAUGAAAUUUGCAAAAUUGUAGUCAGUAGGUUGGUAAUAUAAUUUUCAAAUGUUGCUGGACUAUAUUCAAGCCUUCACUAUUCUCAAUUCAACUUUUUACCCGUAGAUAAUAAAAUCUAAUGCUUAUUUCAUUUGAUUUAACAUGGAGGCAUGUUGUAAAGUAAUGGAUUUCACUUCAUUCCCCAUUUUUUAUUUUAGCUAGCUUGAAUUGAUAAGUGCUGUUUUGUAUUCUUAUAUUAACAUUUACAUAGUAGUUGCUUUGUAUAGGAGAAUCUUCUGAAAAUACUGUACUUGUAUAGAGAAAUGUAGAUAAAAGUGUACAUUAAUUGUAGAUUUAAACUGUUAAAGGUUACUUGAGGAUUGUGUAUGUGAAGAUUCUGUAACCAUGCUCUUAUCAAACCUAAUGACCAAACUAACAGUCCCUCUAGUUCCUUUUAUAUAUGCAAAACUGGAUGAUUUAAAGUACCAAAUGUUUUCUUCUAUCCACUUGAGGAAAUGGAAUAGUUCCUUUGUUUACAGUUGCUGGUGUCUCUCUUGAUAUGAUGGUUUCUCUCAUGAAUUCACAUUGGAGUGCACACACACACACACACACACACACAGACAACACACAUACACACACACAACUGAAUGAUAGAUGUAGUUGUAUCUUGCAUGGAUUUUUUGAAUAAAAAAGUGAAAUCAGU